AUGAGUGCCGAAAAGGGCCCGGAAUGGUACAAUGAGCGGGACCUGGACCUAAUUAGCAUGCUAAAUGCAUGUAGAGCUGGUAAUACGAUGGCGGUCAAGAAAUUCAUUGAACAAGGAGGUGUGGACGUGGACGAGGGGGACGAUGAUGGCAUCACCGCGCUUCAGAUCGCCGCAGCUGAAGGACAUUAUACUAUGGUAAUUUUUGGUUAAAUUAUAGUUUGUUAUGAGUUUAGGUGGCAUUACAGUAAAAUUUUUGGGUCGUACCAAGAAUGGCAAAUGGAUUUUUGUUCAAAAAUGAGGGUUUUUACCUAAAUCUGGCGAUAUAACCAACGUUUUUAAUUUGUAAACAAAGUUUUUGCCAUUGCAGGUGGAAAUGCUGAUCAGAGAACUUCAAGCAGACAUUCACCUAGCUAACGUGAUUGGAUUCACACCGUUCUUGCACGCAUGCAGAGAAGGACAUCUGAAUGUAGCCAAGUAUUUGGUCCAAAAUGGUGCUCGCGUCACUGAUAAAACGUAUUAUUUUUGUGUUUUACAUUGUAAAAGGGUUCUGGAGAGCUAUUAUUGAAGAGAUUGAUUAUAUAUAGCUCGUGUAAUAAUCUAGGAUCAUAAACCUGUAAAAAUUUUGGAAUUUGCAGAAGAUUCAACGUGACAGCAUUGGCCUUGGCUAGCGCCGGCGGGCAUGUAGAAGUGGUCAAUUUAUUGAUCACACUGAACACAAAAUUUGUUGAACAUGAUGGUAAAUUCACAUUCUUAUCCAUAUUUUAUCAUUUUCUUUUCUGAUUCUUACUCGCUUUACCUUGUUUUACACUUUUUUGGACCUUUGUUAUGUUAUCCAUGAUAAAAAAUUUACUUUUUAAUAUUUUUAAAACAAUUAUUGAUAAAAACCAAUUUCUUUGUUAAUAUCCUUUUAAAAAACACCCCUAACUUGCUUUAGAAAAAGGAAAUCAAACCAAAAAGUUGGAGAACAACGAAGAGACAAAUUACCCGCAAGUAGAGAAAGACUUGACUCCAACUGCUUUGAUCGCGGCCGCGGCACAUUCUCAAGUCUCAACCGCUGAAGUGCUUGAAGCACGGUAAGUUAUUUUAUUUUUGUUUCUGAUUUUAGGUAGAUCUUCAGGUGAUGGAAUAAAAAAUACUAGGAAAACAGUAUUAUUAUGGUGAAUAUAGUGAGGGUUUUUUUGUUGUCCGUUUUUAAAGUUAAUAUAAGCUUUUUGAGGUUAAAUUAUGUUGACUAUAACGAGAAGAUCCUUCAAAAACAGUUUUUGAUAAGUUAUAGCGGUUCUAGAAUGUUUUCUUCAAGAAUUUUCAAGUUUUAGCUUAAAAAGGAGUUAAAGCAAUAUUAUACAUUUCAAAAAGCUGUAGUUUUACAUAAAGAGUCUAGAUUAUUAGCUAAUAAUAUUAAAAAUUUAGAGGAGCAGAUGUUAACAAUGUUCUGCCAGGAAACAUUGGCUUGACCGCGCUCCAUGUGGCCGCGAUUUGUGGAACCGCACAGAUUGUCCAGUUCUUGCUCACGAAACACGCGGUUCCAAAGCAAUUAGGAGGUAAAACCUUUGAAAAAUGGUUGAAGUUUGUCAAGGAUAACAAUGCCAAAUCGUUGUUAACACAGCUUUUACAUGGACGAAGCAUCAGGGACAAGACCAACGAUAAAUGUAUGUUGUACUUGGUAUUCGUUGUUGUUUUAGGCGAAUUCAAGAGUUUUUGUGGAAAAAUGAAUUGAUUUUGGUUGUUUUUGGAUAGGAUAGUCCAGCUAUUAUAAUGUUUGUUAUAUUGAAAAGGCUUUUCUUUAGUUUUGACGUUUGAUUUUUCAAGUUUUGAGGUCAGAUGUUGUUGUAGGUAUAUACUUCCUUUUUUCAAGCAAAAAUCAAAUGUUUCUCAACGUUUUUAGGUUUACAUCAACUCAUUAUUGCUUUGUUUGUCAUUUUAGCGUGAUUUGACAUUAGUUUUAAAGCAUUAAGCUAGGAAAAAUUAAGGUUAACUUACCUUAUCCUCUCUUCAAAGCCCUUUUUCCAGCUUUAUGCCAUUAUUUUCAGCUAUAACCGAGAUCCUGGACGAAAACGAUCUACCCACAUUGGCCAAAUACCGAACCGAACUACUUUUCAAUCAAAAGAUCGAAGAUAUAACCCCGUUAAUGUACGCAGUAGCAGCUGGAAACCUGAACGCAGUGAGUUUUCCUCCUUUUUAUUUAUUCCUUUGCGAAAAGAAAAGGAAAGAGAAAAGAAAUGAAGCGAGGAGCGCUGUGUCCGACCAUAGCUCAGUUGGUAGAGCGGAGGACUGUAGUUCAAGCGGAAAUCCUUAGGUCGCUGGUUCGAAUCCGGCUGGUCGGAAUUGCUUUUUGCUGGGUUUUUAAAAGGUUUUGGGGAUGGAAAUGGGUUUAGUAUUGUAUAAUGUUGUGUUUUUAUUGUCCUACGUUGUUUUUUUUGCAUUGCUUUAUGCUAUUUUUGUGUUUUUUAGUUGUUUUAUGUCGUUUUAUUUGUGUUUUUGACUGUUUUUGUUUAUGUUUUGCUGUUUUAUGCUACUUUUUCAUGUUUUUUGGUUGCUCAGUGUAUUUUUUUGUUGAUGUGCCUGCCUUUUGUCAUUUCUUUGUGAUGUUCAGUGGGUUUUUUAUAGCUAGUAUUGUAAUUGAAGCCCAUAAAAAUAGUACUUUUUAAAAUUUUUGAAAAAAACAAAUUUAGGUAACAAGUUGUUGUAAACCAGUGUCAGAAGUAAGGCAUCCUCGAAUGAGCAAAAAACUGCAAGAAGAGUUUUUCAAAGAGGAAUUGAACGCACAAGAGCCUACAUACGGCUUGACGGCUUUAAUGAUGACUGUUGUUAUUCGGUAAGUAUUUAUUUAUAUUGGUAUCUGUCGUGCUUUGUUUGUCUUGAAAUUCAUUUUGUUUCACCGGUCUAGAUCUCCGGUCUAUGUGCAUUGUAUGCUAGAAACUUUGUGUGAUAGCAUUAUUUAUACGAAUCGAGUUUUAGUGACUUUGAUAUGUAUCGUGAAAUCUUGGACGCCGGUGCUAAUCCUCAUAUCCAAACUAAACCUCAAAACAACGAAAAUGUGUUAACCGCGUUGACAUUAGCUCAAAAACUAGGUUUUACCGAAGCGGUUUUAUACUACUACAACAAGCAGUUUGCAAAUCAACCUACGUCAACAUCACGAGCACGAGACCAGCUUAUUAGGUCAACAAUGGACAGCUUUAGGUAUGAAUUUGCUUGGACUAUAAUAGUCAUCAAGAUCUGUAUAAGAUAAGCUGUAUAACAAUGUGUAACAAAAUAUAAUUAAAAAAUAACAUUAAGGACUACAAAAGAAGGCCUUCGAAUGAUAUUGAACAAGCUAGGCCAAAUGGACGAAGAGCCGGUUGUCAAAGACGCUGGUCCAUCACGCGAUGACUUUGAACUACUAAAGCAUAGCGGUAAUGUGGAUUGGAGUAAACCAUUGCCGUUCUUGGACACUCAACAACUCUAUUAUUCUCAAAAAACACCUGAGAAACCGGUCGAUAACAUCACAUACGAUGGGAACAUUCAGUUGUGUGUUAAUAUGACUAAAGUAAGUCAGAUGACGACGAUUUUUUUAAAAAAACGUUAGAAAGUUUGUAACAGACACAAAAGAAACAGAUUUUGUUACAGUAAUUAUGUUUUUCAAGAAAAUCUCAUUACGGUGAAAAAAAACUUAUUACCUAGCAUUUCAAAAUAAAAAAAAAUUUAAGAACAUUGCUGAAAACUUCCCACUAAUUCAACCACUGCCUGUUGGUGUACCAUUAGAUACAGACUACUCGAUAUUCGAAAACUACUCGAAAUGUAAUCAACUAAAUCCAGAAACACAAAACAAGGCUUUAACAGCUGAGGAAAUGCUACAAAAGUUGAAAGACUACAGUAAUUUUGGGUCGUCCACGACUUCCGAUAAGCUCGUCAUGCAACGUAUGUUGGUGUUUAUAUAGUACUUGCACGUGCAUGAGUUUUGUUGUAAAAGAGUUUAAAAAUCUCAUUUUAAAGCUUAUCACUUUGUAUUAUACUAGGUCCUGCAUUUAGGUAAACUAAAAAAUGCCUUUAGGUAAACUUGAAAAAAGACGAAACUCGGAGGUUAAAUCGUUCAGUGCCAGUGAUAAUCCGAUUAAUGUGCUAGCGGCUGUGAAUUUGGAUCGUAUUAAUUUUGAAACUGAGCCAAAGCCUAUGCCAAAGUAAGUACGGUUUUGCUACAAAUUGAAUUUUAAAAUUGCGUGUGGAUUACAACAGUUAUUUUCCAAUAACGAGGAACUACUAAAUUGAGCGAUUUUACUGUCAAAUAGGUUUGCUGUGACUAGAUUGUCUGGGACUAUAACGAGAGUGUGCUUAUAAUAGAAUAAGAGUACCAACCCAACUAAGAUUGACUAUAGCAAAGACAAAAAUUUUUAAAAAAUGAUGUCAUGAUGACAAUAUAACUGUGUGAAACAACAACUCUACUAAGAAACAGACUUGUGAAACAUAGUAGACAUUUUUUUUUCAAAAAAUGUAAAUUUACAUGGAAAAGCCGCCGCCCAGAACUUGUUUUUUCCGUUCUCGAGUUUUGGUGUAAAAGAGUUAAAAAGUUCCUCGUCUAAGACUUAUCACUUCGUACUAAAAAUGAGGAAGAGUAUUUCGUGUCCUUUCGAUUUGCGCGAAGAUGAAAUACCUCUGGCUUUCAUGGGAAAACGAAAAUCGAUCAGUAACAUCAUACUAAAGGAUUGUGUUAGUGGCUGCAAAAAGUUUCUGGAAAAGUGAGUUUGGAGUAGUGUUUGGGAACGAUAAAUUCUUUCUCGGUCUCUAACACUAGUUUGAAGUGAAAUAUCUUAUCAUCGUCAAGGUUUUUGGCUGGGAGAUUUGAAAGUUUAUAUUGAAUCGGCCUCGUCCGAUCCUUUUACCGGUCUUCAUCUAGCACUUAAAAUAUCACUGUGGAAGACUUUAAUUGGUCAGCUGACCUAAUAAUUUGCAGACAAUUUCUACUACAACCGAUUAAAAGUAUUCCACAUCGAUUUCAAAACCCUCACUCGGCCCCAACCCAGCGGCGACAACUGCAAAUGCAAGCAAGAAACAGUGGCACUAACUGUCAGCUACGGUUUAGGCAACGCCCUCCCGGGCUGUCGUGGCAUUCAAGCAACGGUAGUGCGUACGGUUCACCUAGACUUACUAUGGGUAGGUUUGGUCAACGUUAAUACGAUUUUUUUACUUUGGUUGGGCUUAAAAUUGGCUUUGGCUGGGCUUUAAUUUGGCUUUGGAUGGGCUGAAACUUCGCUUUGGCUGGGGCUAAUUUUAGUUUUGGUUGAACUUAAAUUUGGCUUUGGCUGGGUUUAUAACUGGCUUUUGCGCGGCUUUAAAUUGGCUUCUAUAGCCCUCUAGUUUCAAGAAUUAAAGCAUGCUAUUUUAGAUGUUUUGCGAAGCGAGCUGGCUUCGCACAAUCUACAGAAUUACUUUGAAAAGUUGCGCGUACAAGAAAUCGACGAGAAAAUGUUUUUGGAGCUAAGCAAAGCCGACUUUAGGCAGCUUGUUGAAGAUCAACACGAUCGCGAAAUCAUCCAAAACAUUCAGUAUGGUUUACGAUCACGUUACGGAAGUCAGGUCAAUACUCCGACAUAA